UGCUCGACCAAUGAGAGCAGCGAUUGUAACGGAGCCCUUGGACGCUGUGAAAAGGAAGUGGAAUUUUGUUUUGAACUGCAUGUUCGGAGGAGCAUUGAAUCACCCAGUAGGUGGAGAUGUUCCGCAGUGUGCUGCUGAAGACCUUGGGGUUUGUGGGCUACACGGUCCAGUAUGGCUGCAUUGCACAUUGUGCCUUUGAAUACAUUGGAGAAGUUGUGGUGUGUUCUGGUCCAUCCAUGGAGCCCACCAUUGUCAACCAUGAUAUUGUCUUCUCUGAACGGAUGAGUCGUCAUCUUUGCAAAAUACAAAAGGGUGAUAUAGUAAUUGCAAAGAGUCCAUUUGACCCGAAUAUGAACAUUUGUAAAAGGGUAAUUGGAUUGGAGGGUGACAAGAUCUGCACAAGUGGCCCAUCUGAUCUGUUCAAAACCCACAAAUAUGUUCCAAAAGGCCAUGUAUGGCUAGAAGGGGAUAACCUUAGGAAUUCCAGUGACUCAAGGAGCUAUGGCCCAAUUCCCUAUGCCCUCAUCCGAGGGCGUGUUUGCUUAAAGCUUUGGCCGCCACAUAGUGUUGGGACCCUCAGUGAAAGCCCAACCAGACGGAUCAUUAAAACUGAUUCAGACUCAGAUUGACUGAUUCAGUGUUCAUACUGUACAUUACUUUGUUUUCAAACAUUUUUGAAUAAAGCUGAUAUUUAUUUAA